AUGGCAGGUGGUAGAGGCCCUGUGCACUGUGCCCUGUGCCCUUGUGCCUGGUGCCCUUUGUUGCAGAGGAAGGAGCAAGUCGUCCACCCCUCAUUACCCCCUCUUUUCCAUUUCUAUUACUCGAUAUCGCUUGCCUCAGCCAAUGCUCGAAAGAGGAAAGACAAAAACGUGCUGAAGGCUGCAUACGUGGCCAGAUACAACACAUCUGAUCUGGAUUGGGCGAGGAAGAAAGUCACGACUGACGAUAAAGGGGGCCUCGACCAAAAGAACUCAUCGAUAGCCAUAUUGCCAUCGGCCAUCGUCAUCAUCUUCAGCCUGGCUCACUACGCGGUGCACGCUCAAUCGAUCGACGCCAGAGUUCCUCUCAAAAGGGGCACCAGCCUACCCCUGCCGAUCUGA